AUGAGUCACGAUUCUGCCGUUGUUGGGAGCAAUUUGGAGAACCUGCAGCUGAAGGAUGAUCUGUUCAAGAGUGUUAAAUGUUUUAUCACGGGAGCACUAGACCCGAAGAUAAGCAAACUGCUAGAAGAUGGAGGCGUGUCAUUAUCGAAAUUUAUGGACUUUUGCACUCACGUUGUGUGUGGAGCUAACUAUGACGAAAAUGACAUAACUGAGGCUGCCGAAUUGUAUGACAUUCCCUCGGUUACGGAAGCCUGGGUGAUAGCAUCCGUUCGACUUGGUCGGCUUGCCUCAACGAAAGCUUACUUUCCGUUAAAGACGGGAAUAUUUUGCGGCCUCCGGUUUGCUGUGACGCAGGUUGAUAGUCGCGAUCUACGAAAACUAUAUGCAGCACUCACCUUCCAUGGGGGCACAUUCAGCGUUCGCCUAGACCGUAGUAUAACGCAUCUUGUGUGUGGAAGCGCACGAGGUCAAGCAUACGGUAAGGCUUUGACCUGUGGUUCGAGUGUCCAAAUAGUUACACCAGAUUGGGUGGUCGAUUGCUUAAAAACAAGCAGCCUCAAACCGGUUGCAAUAUACCAUCCUCGGCUUUUACUGGAACAAACGUAUUUGAAAAAAUCGAGCGUUAACGCUGGCGCAAAGGCGUCGACCGAAAAACAACCACUCAAUAGCAUUUUAGGAUUUGACUUUGAAGAAGGUAUCGCCAAAACGGAAGUUCCUACUAACGGCAAAAAGGAAGAUCCCAAAAAUCGAACAUCCACAGCGGAUGGUACUGUAAAGCAGGGUUCCACUCCAGCGAAACAAUCCUCCAGCACCGGAAGCACUAGCCAUUUGCAAUCGGCAUCCCCAAGAUUUGUGAGGGCUCAAGGACAGGUGCAUCAAAUACAGCAGCAACAGAUGCAACAAAAUCCCCAAAGAUUACGUGGUCCUGUUCCUCAGACGUCUAAUUUGCAACAGCAGCAACAGCAACUGCAAAAAGCUCUUCAAGUGCAACAACAACAGCAGCAGCAACAACAGCAGCAACAGCAACAACAGCAGCAACAGCAGCAGCAACAACAGCAGCAACAACAGCAGCAACAACAGCAACAACAGCAGCAACAACAACAGCAACAGCAGCAACACCAACAGCAGCAACACCAACAGCAGCAGCAGCAGCAACAACAGCAACAGCAGCAGCAGCAAUUACAAGUCACUAUGAGUUCAGGAAGUAGUAAUAUCUUACAACAAUCUCUGCAACAACCACCUCAUACAACUCAGCCUCAGACAAUGCAACAAACCAACAUAAAUUACCAGCCCACAUCGUCAGCAGGUGGUACAAUUAUUCAGCAAAUAAUACAAACACCGUUACAAAACAACGUACAACAAGCGCAGGGCCAACAACAGCAAUCGACACCUGGGAAGCAAAAUAUUCAAGUUCUUUAUAAAAGUGGGCUCACUCAGCAACAACAGCCUGGUGGGCAGAUCCAGCCUCAGUUUAGUCAAGCCACCGUUACCACAACUCAAACCGGCCCAGAUGGGCAGCCCAAGCAGAUUGUGCGGCAAAUAACAAUUAAUCAAGCUCAGCUGCCAGCAGGACAGCAACAGCUGCAACAAGGACAACAGGCGAUUCCCGUAUCGCAGUCACAGCCUCUUCAGCAACAAAUUAUACAGGUGCAGCGCACAGGUAUGGCCCAUCAGGGAAUACAUCAGACCCAUUUUCAGCAGGGCAGUAUCAUGACCACUUCUUCUUUGUCGGCAGGACCAGGACAGCAGAUGGCAAUGAUGGGCAACAGCAGUGCAUUAGCGUCGAGCAGCCAACAACAAGGCGGGCAACCGAAGUUUAUUCAGCAAACAAUUAUUCAACAACCAGUGGGAGUGAACUAUCAAACGGUAACGAAACAAGUGGUUGUGGAGCAAUCAUCGCAAGAUCAACAGCUCGGACAGUCCAUGCCACAGCAAGUGCAAAUACAUUCAAUUCAGCAGCAGCAGCAGCAGCAGCAGCAGCAACAACAACAACAGCUCCAAUUGCAGCAACAGAUGCAACAGCAGCAAAUGAAGCCUGGACCACCACAGGUAGUUCAACGUAUUGUUCAGCAGCAGGUUUUUCAAGGGCCGCCGGGAUCUGGCCAAACCAGUGGGCAGAAUAUUGUCAUAAUAAACCAAUCGACCAACCAGCAGCAAAUAAUAUCUGGCUCUGGUAUGCAGCAACUAAAUCCUCAACAGCGUGUGCAAUACAUGCAACAACUUCAGCAGCAGCAAAAACAGCAACCACAACAGCAGCAGCAGCAAAUAAUGGUCAGCAGCGCUGGAUCGAUGACGUCUAACGCCCAACAACAACAGCAGAUGGUUCAGCAACGCGCUAUUUUGUCUUCACAGGAUACGGGAGCUGGAACUGUUAUGAUGCAGCAGAGAUCACAAUUACAGCAAGGUGCAUCGUUGAUGCAAACCCAGCAACCUCAAGCACAGCAGCAACAACAGCAGUUGCUUGGACAGCAACCACCUAUGCAGCAGCAAAUCAUUCAAACUUCCUCCAACGGGCAACCACAGACUAUCGUUGUACAACAGCAACCACAACAACAACAGCCAAAUUCUGUUAUGCAGCAGGGCACUAUAGUACAGCAGCCACAACAGCAGCAGUUGAUAAUAAAUCAGCAACAAGUCAUUCAACAGUCUGUGGGUCCGAAUCAACAUCCGCAGCAAUCGCAGCAGCAGCAACAGCAGCAAAUAAUUCAACAGACUAUUGGGCCAAACGGAACUACACAAGUUUUGCAGUCUUCAGGCAUGCAAUCCAACCAACAAGCGAUUAUGCAACAGCAAAUAAUGGCUCCCAAUGCUGGGCAGCAGCAACAACAACAGCAAUUGAUGAUUGGCGGGGCUUCAGGUGAGCAACAAAUGGUUCAAGCUGGUCUUGGCGGGAACGAAAUGAUGCAACAACAGCAACCACAAACACCAACGCAACCGCCAGGUACACCACAAUCACAAUGGACACCGCAGAGCCCAUUACAGCAGCAAGCGCAGCCAGGAACUCCUUUCCAGUCACAGUCACCCCAGACACAGAUGCAGCAGUCUCCAAUUCAGCAGCAGCAGCAGCAACAGGGAGCCACUAUGAUUCCUCCCGGAGCGACAAUAGUGCAGCAAACGAUUGUACAAUCUCCACAGGGGUUGCCUCCGGGUCAGCAACAAGUUGGUCAGCCGCAGUUUAUCCGCACAACAUUAAGGCCGCAAAUGCAACGACAGCUGAUUCAGCUGGACCCACAAGCGCGUGAGGAACUGAUGAAAUUAGACCCGGCCGGUCAGCAGGAGUACAUAAGUCGCCUGCAAGCCAAACAUAAUCUAAUGCAGCGUCAGCAGGCAGCAUUCCAGGGCCGACCAGCUCAUCCGGGUGCUCAUCCAGGCGCACGGCAGCAAAUAGUCAUCCGGAGUCCGAUGCCUCCCGGUUUGAACCAACAGCAGCAGGUUCGAUGGCUGCAACAUCAGCAACAGCAGCAGCAGCAACAACAUCAAAACGCACGCCAGGUUGUCGUGCGCCAACCCGGAACCCCAGGGCUGAGCCCGAUAACGCAGCAAACGGUUGGAAGCGGUGCCGGUCCCGGAACACCGUAUCCGGUAGAUCCGAACACAACGCCCGCACAACAGCAGCAGCAGCGUUUGCAGCAGCACCGUUUACUGCAGAUGCAACUUCAGCGUGAACAGGUGCAGAAAAAUCAGCAACAGGCCGCUGCGGCGGCAGCCCAACAGGCCGGUUCUUCGCCUUUGCAGGGACAAAUAAUGUCACCACGUGCACCCGGUGGUUUUCCGCAGGAAGUGGUCAUCGGCGCAGACGGCAGCACGAUGGUCGUACAGCAACAGACACUCGUGGGGUGUGCAACGGGUCCACCACAACCGACAUCGUCCCAGACGCAAGUGGAUGGAACCAACAGCUCGAUGCAGGCUCAGCAGCAGAUGCAGAACAAAACAAAAACGGCUCUAGCAAACAUGCUGUCCAGCCGGUUGGGCAACGGUGGAACGGUAACUGGUGGUCCUGCCACCUUGGUUGACGGUAAUGCUGCACAAGGUGGUAGCAAUGCGGAACCUUCAGCGGCCGGUACGCUGCGUUUGAUGACAGCACAACACAAUGCCGCUGUGCAUCAACCAAUAGGACGCUCUCCACAGGAGUUGCUUGCUUUACAACAACCACAGCAGCAACAGCAGCAGCAGCAACAAGCCCAACAACAACACGUACAGCAACAGGUUCACCAGCAGCAACAACUGCAACAGCAGGUGGUUCGCAGAACGCUUGGAAAUAUCACCAAUAGCGGCAUAUCGGUAGCUGGCGGUCCGGGUGGUAUCGGCGUAGGCCCCAACGGUGGUCCUGUAAUCGUCCAGACGGCUGGUGGUGCGCCCAGCAUCAUCCCAAUACCGCCCGGAGCAGGAGGCCCUGGCGUGAUGAUGCAAUCGGCCGCAGUGGCUGCAAUGAAAGGAGGUCCGGCGCAGUUCAGUCCUGGACGGCCCGCACCGCUCCACCGACCGCAAUACUACGGUCACAAUCCCAAUCUCAAGCUGCAUCCCGAUCUGUUUCUGCUUGGAUGCACCUUCCACAUUAUCGAGUACGAUGAGACGCACGGAUCGGAGGAGAUCAGUCAGUGGAAGUUUGUCAUUAAAAAGCACGGCGGCGAGAUUGAACCGUACUACGGACCCAAAGUAACGCACGUGCUAUGUCGAUCGCAGCGCCAUGGCGUCGUAAUGCAGGCGAUUCGCGAUGCCAAGCGUUGCAUCACCAGCUACUGGCUGAAUGAUAUUGUAAUUAAGCGACAACUGUUGCCACCUUGGGAGGCGUUGCAUCUACCGACACCGGCGAUAUUCGGCAACCAAAAGCCUGCCACCAAGCAUAACAUGUGCAUCACAGGUUUCGAGGGAGACGAGCGCGUCCGCAUCAGACAGAUGAUCGAGGAGUCCGGGGCCCGCAUGACGCCCUACUUCUCGAAAUCGAACACCGUACUGAUCUGCCGACAGGUGGAAAAUCAAAAAUACAAGUACGCGAAGGACUGGAACAUUCCGGCCGUAAAUACUCUCUGGUUGAGUGACAUCCUGCUCGGAAACCUGAAUGCGAUGCAGCAGUGCGAAGCAAGCAAGUACCAGCAGUUUAACCUGAGCUGUCACUUCCGCGUCGAUUACAACCUGGUGCUGCACUUGAUGACUGCUUGGAAGUCACCGAUAAAUCUGACUCAGGAAUCCCACGAACGAGUGAAGCGAAUUCUUAGUGAACUUCCACCGCCGGCAAGUGGGUUGAAAAAACAGCGCACUCUUCCGCCGAUGGAACCGAUCCCCGCGGAGAUAGUCUGCCAGCGUCAACCGUCGUCCGAUGCCAUACCACAUGUCUUGUUCUCGCAGGUCGACAAUACCGACGGUCUGACGCGUGCCGUAAUAACACUCGGUGGAAAGGUGACAACAAAUUCGACGGAAGCUACCCAUCUGGUCAUGACGCGUGUGGCCCGCACGGUGAAGCUGAUCCUUGCGCUACCGACCGCGCGACAUUUAGUUAACAGCAAAUGGGUGUCGGACAGCGCCGUGGCUGGGUACUUUCUGCCCUUGGACGGCUAUCUGCUGGAGGUGGGCGAGCUGAACGAGCAGUUCAAGUGCGACCUGCAAAAGGUGCUUGAGACACCAACCCGUGGCAAGCUUUUCGAGGGUAAGGUGUUCUUCGUGACGCCACAGGUGAAACCGGCCUGUAGAGACGUGCGGCAGAUGAUCGAGCUAAGUGGUGGCGUAGUGGAGAAGAACCCACGCACGAUCAAGCGGAUACGCGAGGCGAACGCGGACAAACCGGGUAGUUAUGUGAUCGUGAGCUGCCCGGAAGAUCGGGUCAUCAUACAGCCGUUCAUCCAGAAGGCUAAGCAUGCGGUAUGUCAAAUAUGCACCACCGAGUACGUGAUGCAAUCGAUCAUGCAACAGCGUUUGUGCAUCGAACCGCACAUCAUCAAGUGGGAACUUGGGUCCUAGACGGUAUCUCUCCGGUGCACCGUUCUCGCUUCGAGGGAUGCAAGUUAAUAGCUCACGCGAACAUGUGCGAAUGUGCGACAACUAGAAGUCCUAAAGGAUGUUAUACAAAAGCAAUAUAUCGGGCAGAUAGGGCAAGUGUAAAGUUUAUUAGUUUUAAGAAUUUAGUACUGGCGCAUGGUGAGAGAACAACACAGAUUUCAGCAGCAAACUCGGCUAAAAUCGGAAGAAAAAUACUAGUUAUCUCUCUAUGUAGUAUAAGAACAACGCUGAAAUAGAUCCUCCACCUCUCACUGUCGAUGGAACAAUGUGAGGGGGUAGAAUUGUGUAUAUGUAACGAAUUGUACAUUUUUAAUUGAAAAAAAUAUAUAUCAGGUUUUAACGAUCUGUCGAA